UAUUUUUAUUUCAAUUGUAAGCUUUUAAAUUGAUUUUUUACACCGAAAAAUUGCAACACUGAUUUUGACACCAUGAGCGAUUUAUGCCCUUGGAAUAAAAAUCAAAAUGAAAAAAAAAAUUUAAACAGCAAAGUUGAUUAGAACCACAUCGACCAGCAUUUGAAAUUUUAAAAAUUUCUAAAUGCUCCUGCCGCAUAAAAAGUCGUAGAGACCUCAGUUUUGCGCCAUUUCUCAUCAUUUGAACGAGCAAAAUAUGAAAAAAAAGUCGACGAACCCUCGUGCAAAUUUUGGCUGAUUUGGAAUGGAGUGACCCAUCAUCAUUUUGACAAGGUUUAAUUAUGUUUUUCGAUUCUUAUUUAUUUAUUCAAGCAAGUGUUUGCAAAACAACGUUAACUAGAAGCAGAAUGAUAACAGUUAAAACGGUUUUGUCAAUUCGGAUAUUUACUCGAAUUAAUUCUUGAAAAACGACGCCAUCUGGAAGAAAAAUCGUGACUCUUGAGAUUGCUUCGUCAAUUGAAACAUUUAUUCGAGCUCUUGUAAAAAACGAAACUUCACUUUUUGAUGGAAAAAAAUGAUUAAAAGUUUAUUUUUAACCAUUAUACCCACCUACUCCAAAAAUGACAUCAUUAUUAAACAAAUUUUUAAAAAAUUUCAAAAAUUGAACAACUCGAUCCGUAAAAAUAAAUGUAAAAUUACAUCAGGCAGUUCCAUAUCAAACCCCUAGACUCUAUUUUAAUAAAAUUAUCUUCGACGAGGAUAAUGCACCUAAUUAAUACGAUUUUUUGACACCUCGCAGCCAAUAACGUCAACUACUCCACUCGAUGAAUUUAUUGAAGCUGUCCACAUACGACAUGGCGGGUGAAAGAGGAGAAAGGGGGAGACGUAAAAUUUUCCAAUUUUAAAGCAGACAUCAAUAACACUCGUACACACUUCGUCGAUGCAGUGUAACCUUAUCUAUAAAAUUACGAGAGCAAUUCAAAGAUUAUACAGCUUUUUAAAAAAAAUACAUGUACCUACCUAAACCUAUAUAGGUACUUCCAAAACAGGCUCAUUUAGUGAACUAAAUCCGCUCCGUUUUCAUACCCAGAGGAAAAGAGGAAAAAAUAUUUUCAAAAUGUUGGCUAAAUGUGUAAUAAUUUUAUUAUGUUGCGUGUUAAUUGAUGGUCGUCGUGGGCCUACGAAGUCUCUGAUACGCGAUGGUGAACUAGAUUAUGAAACGGGAGCAGAAAUUGGUCGUGAAAAGGGGGUAAACCGAGUUGAAAAACUUUUCGGGCAAUAUUUCAAGUCAUUGGAAAAUAAAAUUGACGCAACGAACGAAGUAAAUUCAAAUGAUUUAGAAUCAGAGUCAGAAAAUAAUCGAGAAAAAGAGACGAAUCUGAAAAUAAACGAAGAGCAAGAAAAAUCUACCAUUUUGAAAACGCAAAAAAUUGACGAAGAAAAAAGCAAACCAGUAACACUAGAUGACCAAUCAGUGGACGAAUUUGCAUCUCAAGAUGUUCUAAAAGAAGCUGAAAAAUACCUCGAUGGAUUUGGAGAUUUGAAAGAUUUGGUGAGGAGAAAUAUUCGAGAAGAUGUCGAAUAUUUAGAAAAAAGGGAGAUGAAUCCUGAAGUAGGUUUCGGAGGAAAUCCACCAAGUGAUCCGAAAAGGAUUAUGUUUGGAAACAUGACAAUUUACAUCAACAAAGUAAUCAAUCACGUUCAACAGAAAUUGAAACAAAAUGGACGAAUUUAUGUAAAUAAUCCACCCUAUGUUAUUUACAAGAUUCCAAAUACUCCAAUUUCGUUCAACUUGAAAUACAUCGAAGGAGCUUCUACUAUAAGUAAACGAGGUACAUCGAUGGGACUUCACUAUUUUACAGCACUUUACUGUUACACUGAUUUUAAAUUCGACGAAAUUAAGUAUUAUUACGAUGUACAAAUUAAACCGAUGAAUUUAUUCACAAUUCAUAAAAGUAUAACCGUCAUUGUGGAGAAUUCUCGGGUCUAUAUGCCAGUUGCUGUCGAAGACAAUAAAUUCACCAUUCAACGAUACGAAUACGUUCUACCAGACGUAACUGUCGAAGUUGUCAGUAAUCAGUUCAUCAACUAUAUCCUUAACGAUAUCGUAAUAGACAAAUAUUAUCCAGAAACUAAGCAAAAAUUGGCUGAGAUAGCGUCAAGAGACACUAAACUUUUAUUGGAUGCGCAUUUGGAAGAUGCUCAAUAAAUGGCGGAUUAGGUAAUCCGUCAGUAGUUGGUCGAGUCGACGAGUUUUUAAAUUACCCUCUUAAUAAAUUUUAUACCGGGUGAGAAUUCGAAACAUGAAAAAAAAAUACGAUAAAAUUAAAUUGGAAGUUUCCAAUUAUUUUGGUAAGUACGAAGUUUUUCGUAUUAUUUUAUUUAAAAAUCUUAUGACAUUUGACGUUUAAGUUAAUGAUAGAAAUACUCUCUUUUUCCCAUUUAUUUGUCUAUAUACCUUGACUGUUUUUCCUCAUUGAAGGAUUUGGAAAUAAUUAAAGAACUAUUAUCUCCAGAAGUACACACAUAUUUUAAUAUAAUAAUAUAUCUACCUAAGUACCUAUCAAUCUUGAAAACAUUGUCUGUCAUAUUUUCAUGUACCUAUACACCUAAUCUAUUGAUAAUUUAAUCACAUACCAAAAUACAAAUAUACGUGAUAUCGAUUUACUUAAUCCAAUGUCUCGAUAUACAACUCGAAAAAAUAUAAUUUAUUAUUGACAAUACGAUAUAGGCAUCGAUCAAGUAUGGAUUAAUAACUUUUAAAAAUCCUACUGCGAUAAAAUGAAAUCUUAUCUUUCACAUUGUAAAAAAAUGAUCGAAUAAUUUACGAGUACGUAAAAGAAGCUUUUUCAAAAAGUAAAGUGAGUAAAAUAUAAAUUGAAAAAAUGUUCGUCGAGAUAGCGUUAAUUUUUCUCCUGUCAGCUGGCUCCACCAUAAAUGCUCAUCAGACUGGAAAAAUUGAGAAUGGAAACAGAUGGGCUGAUUUCAUGGAAGAUGAUUCUCGAAAUCAAGAUUCUCUACUCAGAUUGUAUUCGAAGAAUUUAUCUUUGAGCAGAUUUAUAUCUCGAAUGAAUCCUUACGAGUUGCAUACACUUCUGGCCAAAUCUCAAGAUGAUCAAGCUCGGUCUGGGAAAAUGUACGAGCUACGGUUACUAAAAGGAGAAGUUGAAAAAGACUCCAAAUUGGGUUUUGGAGGACCGCCACAUGCUAGUGAAAAAAGGAUGGUAUUUUGUAACGCGACGAGCUACAUAAAUAAGGUAAUCAAUCACGCCCAACAUCGAUUGGAACAAAUUGCACGUAGAAUUUGGGCCUCUAAUCCACCUCAAGUUAUUGAUAAGAUACCUUAUACUUCGAUGAUUUUCAAACUGAAAUACAUCGAGGGAGCCUCCUCACUGGGCACCAAUGGCACAUCUUGGGCGAUUCACUAUUUCGACGAGGCGUACGUUUCGGCACGAUAUAGAUUUGACGAAAUAAGGUAUUUUUACGACGUGCAAAUCAAACCUUUCAACUUAUUCGCCAUACCUGCGAGAUUGACAGUUGUUUUAGGAGAUGCUCCAGCUACCAUGAGUUUUUCUAUGGAGAAAAAUAAAUCGACUAUACCGAGAUUUGAAUUCGUUAAUCCACAAGUGAGUGUCGACUUUGGGAUACAUCGAUGGAUUAACUACGCUAUUAACUACGUGAUACACGAGAAAUAUCCUAAAAUGAAUAAGAAACUUGUGAAAAUAGUUUCCAGGGAUACGUGGUAUUUAUUGAAUGACCAAUUGAAAAAUGCCCAAUAAAUACCUGCCCAGCGAUGAUGAACUUUCUCAGUUCAAUUCAACGUAAUUAUCAAUUAGUAAAAUUAUUAACCCUAAUUUUCGUCGUUUGUCAACCAGAAGGUAAGUCUAAGUAUUCUCAUAUAAACUAGGUAGCAGGUAAAAUAAUCUUACAAGCAAGGAAAAAAAAAAACAUUACCUACUCCUAAAAUUGUCCCCAAUACUUCCUAACCUCAAUUUAAUUUAAUCUUCAUUCGUUAAUUUUGCUACUUAAUUCCUAAAUUAAUUCAAUUAAACAUUUUUUACAUUCGUUUAAUUUCUAUUCAUUGACUCCAUUCAAUUUUUGACUGACCGAAAUCAAUUUUAAUUUUUUUUUUUUUUUUUUUUGAAUAGAUUGAACUUUUUUGUUUGAUUACAGAAAGAAUAUGAGAAAUUAAAAUUGAAAUUUUAAAGCUUUAUUAAUUUUUGUGAAUUUUAAAAAAGUUUAGGUAAGUACCUUAUCCAAAAUUGACUUUUUUUAUUGAGAAUUUGACAAAUAAUUUUGUGAACUCCUUAGAUUUUAUUUUUAAUAAAUUUAAAAAAAAAAUAAUUAUAUUUUGUACUUGAUGACUGAUGAGUUAGGUCUAUACGAGUAAGAUUAUAUAAAAGGGUCAUUCCACGUCAACUCAACCAA